GAGUCCCACCGGUCAUAUGCAUUUAGGCGGCCUGCGUACAGCGCUGUUCAACCUCUUUCUCGCCAAGAGGCACGGUGGCAAGGUUAUCAUGCGACUCGAAGACACAGAUAGGACUCGCUAUAAUGAACAAGCGGAGAAACAGCUGGAGACCACCUUGAACUGGGCCGGGAUAGAAUUUGACGAAAGUCCUGCCAAGGGUGGAGACUUCGGCCCUUACGUGCAGUCUGAGCGACUGGGCAUAUACACGAAAUAUGCAACACGGUUAAUGGAGGCAGGACAUGCGUAUCGCUGCUACUGUUCCGCCGAUGAACUGGAGAUACAACGCAAAAUCCAGAGCGAAUCAAAGGGGCGUGCGAUGUAUAAUAGGAAAUGCCUGCACCUCCCGGACAAAAUAAAGGCCGAGUUGCUCGAGUCAGGCGCGCCUCAUGUCAUCCGGAUGAAGGUACCGGAAGGUCACACAGUAGUUUCUGAUGCGGUGUACGGCGACGUCCACUUUGAGAAUGCUAACAUCGAUGAUCAAGUGCUUGUCAAAGUCGACGGAUACCCCACAUACCAUCUGGCAGUAGUAGUUGACGACACGCUCAUGAAGAUCAGCCAUGUGCUUAGAGGUGAGGAAUGGCUCGCGUCAACGCCGAAGCAUUUGAUUCUCUACGAUAUGAUUGGUGUGCCCGCCCCAGUGUUUGCCCAUCUGCCGCUGCUGCUGAAGGCUGACAGGACCAAGCUCAGCAAGAGACAUAACGAUGCCUUUGUGGAGUAUUACAAGGAGAAAGGCUAUCUACCUGCCGCUCUGUGUCAUUUUGUUUCCAUGCUGGGUUGGGCUCCGCAAGACUCGGAAAUGGAAAUAUGGAGCUUGGAUGAUCUAAGUCACGAGUUUUCCUUCGAUGGUGUCAACAGGAGCGGCUCAAUCGUGGACGAGGACAAGCUGAAUUACAUAAACAGACAGCACAUGAUUCGUGUGUGUGGGGAAAGUAAACUUGCGCCCACGAGUGAGAUGAAGGCGCUGAUUAGUUGCCUACGAGAGACUGUGGAGAAGAAUGUCGAGAAUAAGAGGUUAGCGCUCUGCGACAAUGAGGAAAAGCUUCUGAACAAUCAAAGGUUGCAGGCUAUAAUCAACAUUUUCCAGGACCGAGCGGCCGUAGUUAGUGAGAUACCCGAAUCAGCUGCGUAUCUCUUUGCACAACCUUCGUACGACUCGAAACCAAUCCAGAAAUGGGGGAAGAAAGUCUGGAAACCGGAGAUAGCCCAAACACUUCGAGAUAAGUUUGAGCAGCUCACAAAGCAAGAGUUUGCAAAAGACGAGACCCUUGCCACUAUAAUCGAAGAUGUGAGCGCUGCGCACAACACUACAGGAGGAGCGGUCAUGCAGUUGCUACGGUAUACGAUAACGGGUAGCAAAAUGGGAGGCAGUGUCGCACAGACCGCAAGUGUACUAGGAAAAGAUGAAGUGCUAAGGAGGUUCGACCAAGCAAUAACUAUAACUGGAACAUGAUAUAUGUUGCUCUAUGAAACAAUAAAAUCGAAAAGAGAAGUACUUAAAUAGCCGAUCUGCUAUUGUGCUUAAGGAGGUUCGACCAAGCAAUAACUAUAACUG